GCUCCGCUUGGUAUCCCUCCGCCGGGGUCAUCCCCUCCCCUCCUUGGUAGCAGGAACUAAUUCUCCUUGGGUCACGGGGGAACUGAAGGUGGAAUUUCACGGAUCAGGGCUCCCUGUGACCCUUGAAAGAGAGGACGAUCACCCCAAGUCAGAACCCCCCUGCUAGCUUUAAAGUGGGGUUCGGUUUAAACCAAGGCUUUGGCCCCAUGACCCCAAUCAAGCCCCGCCCCUUCCUGGUUGUCUUAGCGACGGUUGUGGCGUCCCAAGAUGGCGUCGUGGCUGCCAGAGACGCUGUUCGAAAUUGUAGGACAAGGCCCGGCGCCGAGCAAAGACUAUUACCAGUUAUUGGUCACCCGGUCCCAGGUGAUAUUUAGAUGGUGGAAGAUCUCUCUGAGGAGUGAGCAUCGAUCAACAAAACCUGGAGAAGUAAAAGAAACUCAUCAAGACUUCCAAGGGAAUUCAUAUCUUCAAAUUCAAAUUGCCUUAAUAUUUGGUGCAAGAAUAUUAGACUAUAUCUGCAAUUUAUGCGAAGGUAAAUUUGACUUCUUUGAACGGCUCUCGGACAGUUUGCUCCUGAAUAUCAUUUCUUAUCUGGAUCUUGAAGAUAUUGCCAGGCUUUCUCAAACAUCACACAGAUUUGGAAAGUUGUGCAAGUGUGACAAACUGUGGGAGCAGAUCGUUCAGUCUGCCUGUGACCACAUCACCCCUGACAUGAGGGCCCUGGCCAAGGACAUGGGAUGGAGACAGAUGUUCUUCACCAACAAGCUGCAGCUCCAGCGGCAGCUCCGCAAGAGGAAACAAAGACAACAAGACCAGACGGACAGUCAGUUUUAGGGAUGCAUUUUCCUGUCUGCUGGGAAGUUGAGUCAUGGUUGUGUUUUUUUUCAUGUGUCCAAAUCUCUUCUGUUUCCUUUCAUUAAGAACUAUGAGGUUUUGCUGAUUCAGGAGCCAUCUGCAAAGCACAGAGUAUCUGCCCGCACGCACAGCAGAACCUGACCCUGCAGUCCACCUAGUAGUGCGGUGAGCAUCGUGGCCCUGAGCACGGGGCUGCAGGACCCAGAGUCCCACAGCAUGUCUUCCCCAUCCCCUGACACCCCUGAGAAAAGAAAGGCUUCUGCUGUAUAGAAACAAACAAUAAAUGGUUAUUAGCAGAUUUUUAUCACAUAGCACUUUUAUCUAGGCAUUCGAAAGGAGAAUGGGGCUUUUGAACCUUUUCCGUGUUCAUCUGACUCAUCUGUUGCGUCACUGACUCAGCCACGGAGCAGGUGGCUGCGUGUCCUCUCAGGGAACUGGUGCAGGGUAGGGGAGGGGGGCCUGGUGAGUGCAGUGGCCAUCCAACAACCUUCCCCCAAGUUGUAUUCAGGGACCCCCAUCUGGUGGCCUGGGACAUGCCGGGCUCCAUCCUCCCCACAGGCAACCUCUGACCUGGCCCUGGGGCAUGGCUGGAGAGAAGGCUCAGCUUUCUGCUUGCAGACCUUGUCCAUAGUCCAACUGCCCAGGACUUCACAUUGUCAUGUAAAUCUUAGAAGGAUUUCUUAGAAGGGUGCUGCUCCCCAAAAGGAAUGUGACAGCUACGAAUUUUAUAACAGGGAUUUUUAAGAACACAGGCUGGGGUAACGGACUGGAAACCUAAGCACAGUUUGUAUCGUCAACUUGGCAGAGGGGCACAAAAAGCAUGGAUGUAAGGGAGGAAACUCUACCUCCGUGGGAUGGGUUAUUUAGAAAUUGCUUUCUUCCUAUGCUCUCGGGCUGAUUAAGUAUCCCCAGACAUUGAACUGAGAGCAGCAAAUAAUCUAAUGGCUCCUUUUAGGCUACUGAGCAAAGUAGCUUUCAAUGUCCCAUCCCCUUAUCAUUUCUUUUUUCUCUGCAACCUCCACUUCAGUACCUGGAAAAAAUAACCGAAUCCCUCCCCGCCCCGGUGCAGAGCUGUCCCUGAUGAUACAGUGGGGCCUCCUGAGCGGGGCAGGGGAGGCAGGCUCUGAGGGCCUUCCCCACCUACGUCCAUCUGGAACAGUCCCAUAGCUGCUCUAGUGACCAAUUACUACUUUUUAUUAAACCUGCAUUAAUUUCAAAUCAGAUUUUAACCCUUAUCCACACACCCUUAGCACUCAGUCACCCAUGAGAUUCCCAGUGACACCUGUGAAAUCAAGCACAAGCUGCUUCCUGGCAGAUGAGGAGCCUGUCGAAGUUUCAUGUGCAUUUGGUCCAAGCAAAGGUUUAAUUGGCGAGAGACCCUGGCCUCAUUCCCUGCCAAGGACAGAUUGCCAGGGCGGCGCGGGUGACUGGCACGCAGGCGGAGGGCACCUGCUUCUGGGUGGCUCCUCCUGUCUCGUUUCUCCCUGAUGUUCCAGACUUGACUCACGGCCAGGUUUGCAGUGACAGAACAUAGGUUACUACGCUGUGUGUACAACGACCGUGUGUAUGCACAGGUUGGCAUGUCAACGUAACUACGUAAAUAUGAAAUUUCACUCAUUUGUAACUUCCAUGCAAAAUGUCAACAGCUAAAAAUGUCAUGUGUAGUUGUUCCAUCACCUCCCUGAGAUCCUGAAAGCUCAUGAGCAUGCAUGAGAUUCAACAUGAAUCAUUAGAACACAAAACGGCCAUUUGAAAAUUCUUGUCUAUAUAAAAUAAUCAAAAUAAAAAAAUAGAUGUUAAUGGUAACUAACUAAAAAUGAGUUAAUAUGUUGACCAUUGUUAAGUAAUAGUUAAAAUAACUUAGGUUACUAGAUUAUUUCAGUAAUUAUUUGCCCUAAUAACUUGGAUGCUUUGUUACCUGAUUAUAAUUAUUUUUGCCAAAAUAUAACUAUCAUCAAACUAAAAUCCUGCAUGGCACCAGGAUCCUCAGUGGUUGAAACUCUUUGUCCCCCUCUCCGGGGCCUCAUUUCCCAUGUGAGAUCCCACAUGACAAUCCCACUGAGUAGGAACAGGCAGCCAGGGUCCUGCCUCUCUGCCUCUACUGACAGCUUCCAUAGGGACAGAAAAAUCCGCUUGGUGACAUACCACUUCAGAGUGAAAUGCCACAGCAUUUAUACUCUUGCCCUUUCUCAGUCAAAAGUGUUUCUACUCUGUUAUCAUUUGCCAUUGUAACUGUAAAAGCAAAAUACUGAUAUUUUCUAAUGGUUUAUACGUUUAGUGUUAUAAGAACAAUUUAUUAACAACAACCAAUGUGACUAAUUUUAUAAACUAAAAAAUAUAAAUAUAUUUUACCUAAUGUCAACUUCCCUUACUGCUCUUUUCCUGAACAGGUUGGUAUAGUAUGUGCAUUAAACCGCGGUUAUAUGGAACCCAGAAUGUUUUAUUUUACCGAGUAGGCUCAGGAACUUAGGGUGAAGGUAUGGUUUGGGGAGAGAGUGGGUAUCAGGGGUAGGGACAACACCCUAGUCACCACUUGUCAGUGUUUUCUGAGCUGCUGGGUACAAGAUGGUCAUCGGGCCUCAUUUGUAACCCGAAAUGGACUCCUAAGAUGCUGAAGAAUCACCUAGGACAACCUUAUAAACACAUAAAACACUUGUGCAGCAUAGUGUUUUGCUGUGAGCUGUAGUGUAAUGACCUUUAUCUUUAGUUUGCUAAAAUGAUACACUGCGAGCAAGUAUCCAGGCCUUUCAACUCCGAAAUGCAUGUCUUUGAUUGGAUAUUAAGAACGUUAAGUAGACAGGCUACCACCAUUCCAAAGAAAAAUACACAUCUGUGCUUAAACAUUAUCUAUCAGGUUCACAAAGUAAAACAGUAAAAACUGUUUAUUACUUUGAAAUGAGAUCACCUGUACACUGGGAUAGCAUUAGUCUGCCCUUGUGACAUGGAACCCUCAGCGUCAGGAGCUAGAGAACCUCGUUUCCUGCUUGUCAAACCCCAGAUCUAUGUGCCCCCAGCAUAGACUUCCAUUCAGAUGAUUUUCAACAGUGAACUCUGUUCUGCGCAUCAGGAAGUCUGAAGGCCAUAGAUCCAUGGUCACAGAGUUGGAAUAACCUUAGAAGUAAUAAUAACAAUAAUAAUAACAGCAGCUUCUGUUAAUUGAGUGUCUACUUUGUAGCCAAGAAAUAAACAGGUAGUUACCAACUUAAUUCUUACAACAACCCUUGAAGGUAAGUGAUGUAAUUUCUGUCUUAUGGAUCAUGGGUGUAUAAACUAUGGCAUAAGCCUAAUCUGCCCAGCCACCUGUUUCUGGAUAGUUUUCUUGGAACACACUUGAUGUAUUACUUAUGGCCACUUUCACACAACAAUAGCAGGUAAUCACGAUACACACUGUAUGGCUUGCAAAGCUAGAAUUAUUCUCAGAGAGGACAAGUUAAUUCUCCCAAGUUUUCCUAACUAACAAAUAGUAAAGCUGAGAUUCAAACCUAUACCUACAAGGUUUAUGUUCUUAACCACAAAUGCCACCUUCCCUUUCACGGCCAACAGCACAUUUGGCCAGUGGAGCCUUAAAAGGUGGUGGGGUUUCCCUGAGGUCACUUGUGACAUUGGGAGGGGGAGGGCCUUGAGCUUAAUAGGGGACCAUGCUGAUUUAGUUGUCCAGAGAAUAUUCCAAGCUUUUGAUGAAGUUAUUGUUCAUCUUUUUCUACAAACAAGGAUCUUAAGUUCAUUGAAAUAGUAACUAAGGAGUAAGUUCUUCUUCAAGACCCUCUCACCCCUCAGGAAAACUAAGUAAGGGACUGAGUGAACCAGUGGCUCCCUGGGUCCUCCCCAAACUCAGGCCUCUCUCCCUGCCACUGCCGUCCAUGUGGGGACUGAGCCUUCCCAGGGAACUCUUACCUCGUUCUCCUUCACCCGACCAUGGAAGGGGCCCCCUGGUGCUGGUGUGAGGCCCUCGGCCAACCCUCUCCACGCUUCACCGUCGGAGUGCCUUCAGUGCACCGCCAGGCCCUCGGCCCCCCACCCAGUUCUCUUCCCCAGGUGGCGAAUGCUGCUGCUUCUCAGCCUUGGCGGUCAGCAUCAGCCUUCUCUCCCCGCCUCCCUGUUCCUGAACAUUUUGACUUUGGAGGCCUCGGGUGCACAUGAGCCGGGUCCACGGGGCCCGCAUGGCUGCUCACUCCGCAGCAGUCCCUGCAUUCUGGUGUGACGCCAGCCUCCCUUUUUGAGGGAUGUCUUCUUGCUGUGAAUCUGAUCUCUGCCCUACCGUGGGCCUCCUGUGACCGGGCUCCUCCCAUUCACCCCGUGGCCCUUCACUGGCUGUACUUCACUGCCUGUCCUCUUUGGACUGUGUGGCCAGCACAGCCCUCAGUGCCUGAAAUGCUUGUGCCCCUUACCCCUCAGCACGUGCACGGGGCUGGCAGGCUGCAGAGCCCAGCUGGAGGCCCCCACCGGCUCCAUCUGGCGUCCCUCCCUUGCCGUAACAGCCCCCGUCCGUCGACUUCCUGGACUUC